AUGGUGGAAACCCUAGUCGCAGGCUGCGGAACUCAGGCAUGCAGAAACCCUAGCUCCGCGAACUGCGAUUCCAGUUUGGAUGUUGCGGCAUCACCUCCAUCUCAGCCAGAAAAGCUCAAAAUCUCUGUCGAUGGACAUGACCUUCCUCCAGUAGUAAUACACCAAGUCCCUCCCCAACUGGCGGUGCUAGAAUCAGAGAACAUUCAGCCACGAAAAACCCAUGAUGCGCAAACUGAUAACCGUUUUGCAUUGCUGUGUACGAUCGAUGAGGCUGACUGUGAGGAUCAAGAAGAGGAAGAAGAGGCUCAAAUUGAAGAUGUAUAUGUUGGAAAUCUUGAAAGUACAACCUCUUCUGAAGUAGAGAGUGCUUUGCAAAGGGUGGCUAGCGAAAAUCCCUUGUGUAUUGGACAUUCUUCGGAUGAUGGAACUGUUGGUAUUAACUCGGAAUUCUUGGAGUCUGAUAUUGGGAACCAUGCCUGCUGGUCGGAAGGGGAUAUGGAGAAUGUGUUGGUUAAUGAUACGGACAAAGGUUUGUUUCAUGAAGACGUUAAGGUGUCGCGCAACAGAGGCCCGAAAUCAAAAGCCAAAAAGGCGGACCAACUCAAAGGGGUGAACCCUAGACAAUCACCUAGCCAGAUUGGUGCUGUUAGAAGAGAGCUUGGCUUUGAUUUUUCUUUUUCCUCAGAAAAUAACAAGAUUGGGGUGUUUAGUAGGCAUGGCUUUAUGCUCACAUUGUUGGAGGAUUUGGAUCAAGUCCUCCAUUUUGAAGUUAUUGAUGCUUUGGUGAAUGGAACUUUUUAUCUUUCAGCUGUAUAUGCUAAAUCAACUAAGGUGAAUUUAACGUCAUUCACACCUUGGAUGAAUAUUCAAGAUCAUCGGUUUAAGAUUUGGCCGCCAUCUCAGAAUUCAAUGAAUGCAUUCAUGAAUGUGAUCUUGAAGAUAUUCAGGCAAUUGGUGAAGAGUUUACAUGGAGGGGCACUCGCCAAAUGGGAUGGGCUGGAUUUCCUCGCCGUAGUUGAACAGAAUUGGGACUUGCCGUUGGAAGCUUUUGGUAUGUUGAGAUUCUCACUCAAGCUGCAUCGGUUGAAAGCAAAAUUAAAAGAGUGGAACAACGAGACCUUUGGUGAUGGUUUUGCCAAUCUAAAAGCGGCUGAGAAGAAAGUCCAAGAUCUUGAAGGAGUCUAUGAUACAACGGAAGUAAGGACAAGACGCCUUAAGGAUCUAGUUACGCAAGGUAGGGUGGCUGCCUACGAUACUCCGGUUGGUUCCUUGCCAGUUUCUCAUCUUGCCUUUGUGGAUGAUGUGAUCAUCUUCCCAAGGGGUCUAAAGAGAUCAUUGAAGGAGUUAAAUGGUUUUCUAAUGGACUAUGAGAUUGUUUCGGGUCAAAAGCAUUACCUUCCAUUAUUGCAGCCAUCUCUUUCUGAGGAGAUCCUUCACUUCCCCAUGGUUCAUGAGCAAUGUUUCAUGAAGGAGGAUGACCUCCUUGUUUGGCAGCAUACACCUACAGGAGUCUUUUCGGUUACAUCCGCCUAUGAAACAUUGAGGAGGCGUGGAGUGGAGGAAAUUUGGGCAAAAAUUUUUGGAAUUUUAAACACCUUUGCAUGUUUCAAUAAGCUUCUUCCAUUUCCAGAAGUCAUAGCGAGCAUGGGGAUCUUUUGCUAUCCAGCCAUAUGUUUGUUUGCAAGAACCAUGAUGAUGGAAUAUCUCAUUGUUUCUCUGGAUGUGAUUUUACAAGGACUAUUUGGCGACAUUUUUCAUACCUUAAUGAGAGUUCAAAUCCAAGGUGUGAGUUCUAUAUCUUCUUUGUUUGGACGAUGGUGGAGUAGCGGGGGUCUAAAAUUGGCUUAUGGGGUAUUGCGGAAGGUUAUACCUUCUAUUAUCCUUUGGGAAUUAUGGAAACAAGGUCUUUUUCUUGAAGAUGCAAAGCCGAUUCAUGCUUCCAUUAUUCAUGCCACUAUGGAAGAGCGGCUGACCUAUUUCCCCAACAUAAAUAGUUUAGUUUUUUUCUAUUUCUUGAGGGGGGCUGAACCUGAGAAGGUAAGGAGGAGUCCAGAGGGGUCAUAA